AUGAGCCAACAACAAAGUGUCGAUAAGCUCAAGUUCGAGGAAGUCGAAUCGGUGAAAAAGUUCGCCUUUUUUGGUGAGUUUGGGAAACUUAGCUUAACUCUCUUGGAGUAUUAAUUUUAAAAAAAUUAUUAUUAUUUUAGGCGUUGCUGUUUCAACGAUCGCAACUUUGACAGCAAUUGUUGCAGUUCCAAUGCUUUGUAUGUAUAUGCAAAACGUUCAAUCAGGACUUCAAGACGAGAUCAAUUUCUGUCGUACUCGAUCUGAUUCUCUCCGUGGUGAAUACACAAAACUCGACUCUUUCCGCAAGGCUGAAUCUCGUGAGAAACGUCAAACUUAUCAAUGUUGCUCGUGCGGAAUUGGACCAGCUGGACCAGUUGGAAAUCCAGGACAAGAUGGAGCACCAGGAAAUGAUGGAAGACCAGGAGCUCCAGGAGCACCAGGACCAGAUGCACCAAAUGAUCAUGUUGCACCAACUGCCGCUGAUUUCUGCUUCAUCUGCCCAACUGGACCAGCUGGUACUCCAGGAAAUCCAGGGCCAAAGGGACCACCAGGACAACCAGGAGCAGCUGGAGAACAAGGAUCUAACGGAAGACCAGGAUCACCAGGAGCCCCAGGACCACAAGGGCCACCAGGAGCACCAGGACAAGACGGACUUCCAGGUCAACCAGGAGCUCCAGGACAAGUCAGAACUGUUCCAGCACCACCAGGUCCACCAGGACAACCAGGAGAGCCAGGAACUCAAGGAGCUCCAGGAGAGGAUGGACAUCCAGGACAAGCCGGACCACAAGGGCCACCAGGACCACAAGGAGAACCAGGACAAGAUGGAGCUCCAGGAAAUCCAGGAGCACCAGGAGAACCAGGAGAGGCUGGAAAAGAUGGAAUCAAGGGAGGAUGCGAUCAUUGUCCAAUUCCAAGAACCGCUCCAGGAUAUUAA